UCCUUUUGAGCAUGCGUCGUAUUCUCCAAGAACCUUUAUGUUUUCCGGCGAGCGGCAAAUCUUAGCAGUGAAUCGAUUUUAUGCAGCUGGUGAAGGGAGUCAUGGCUAAUUUUCGUUUAGCACUCAUCCAGCUUCAUGUAUCUACUGUCAAAACAGACAACUUGAACAGAGCCUGUAGACUUGUGAGAACUGCAGCAGGACAAGGAGCAAAACUUGUAGUUCUGCCAGAAUGCUUCAAUUGUCCCUAUGGCACAAAAUAUUUCCCAGAAUAUGCAGAGAAAAUUCCUGGGGACUCCACACAGAAGCUCUCAGAAAUUGCAAAGGAAUGUGGUAUAUAUCUCAUUGGAGGUUCUAUUCCAGAGGAGGAUGCGGGAAAAUUGUAUAAUACAUGUACAGCUUUUGGUCCUGAUGGUACUAUGUUAGCUAAAUACAGAAAGAUUCAUUUGUUUGACAUUAAUGUGCCUGGAAAAAUCCGAUUUCAGGAAUCAGAAACUCUGAGUGCGGGUGACAGGUUUUCUGUGUUCGAUACUCCAUACUGUAAAAUAGGAAUUGGCAUCUGUUACGACAUUCGAUUUCCUGAGCUAGCUCAAAUCUACACCCAGAAAGGUUGCAAACUCCUCGUGUAUCCAGGGGCUUUUAACCUGACAACCGGACCAGCCCACUGGGAACUGCUGCAAAGAGGCCGAGCUGUGGAUAACCAGGCCUACGUAGCAACUGCAUCUCCUGCUAGGGAUGAGACAGGAUCUUAUGUGGCUUGGGGACAUAGUACUGUAGUAAAUCCAUGGGGUGAGGUUAUAGCCAAAGCUGGCACUGAAGAAACAGUUGUCUAUGCAGAAAUAGAUUUAAAGAAGGCUGAAGAAAUCCGUAAACAAAUCCCCAUUCUUUCCCAGAAACGACCUGAUCUUUACGUCGUUGAAGCAAAAAUUGUAUGAUUUUAAUUUGGACCAACACAUUUUCUGAUAGCUAUUUUUAGCUAAUUACAGUGUAAUAAACUAGUAAAUCAAGUUUAUAGAUAAUUAAAAUAAUUUCUAUAUAAUGGCAAGAGAUUGAACUUGGGGUUUUUUGGGGGGGGGUUUUUGGUCCUUGCAGAUUUUGGACAUUUUGUAUUGCAUUAAAAACUUUUCUGACACUUUUUUUUUUUUUUUUGAGAAAGUGGAAUAGUCGCUUCAACAUAUGCUCCAUUUUGGGCAAUACAUUUUUACCAAAAAAUACACUGGGUAAAAGCAGAAUGUUUCCAUUUUUUUUAGUUGACGCACGUUGAUUACUUCAGAAAAUUCAUUAUCAAAUGCCUUUCAUUUGUAAAGUAUGGUGUUUAUUUGAUUUUAUGGAAAAUAAUCAGAAAAUAUUAAAUUAGCUAAAUUCUUCCAAUAGUGUUUUGAAGACACUUUUGAAGCAUCAUUCAAUUGUCAACAAUGUUCAUCCUAGUUCUAAUGUGGAAUCUUUGUGCACAAGAAUUAAUUAUAUUUCUCUGCAUUAAGGUUGGUCAGUUGUUUGUCAUUAAAGUGCAAAUCAAAUACAUUUGGCCAAUGUGUAAGCUCUGAACAGAUUGCAAAGCACUUUAAAUCCUACAGCUUUGCAGACUUUCGCUAGAUAUGUUACGCAAAUUGCUGCUGCUGAAAAUAUGACGUGCCAUUUAGAUCUCUGCUUCACCUAGUGAUCAUUGGACCUGGCUGUAAAUAGGCUUUUCUCCAAAGAGGUACUAUAGGGCAAAAAAUCAGAACUACCAACCAACCCUCAUACUUAUGAAAGGUUCCUGUUCUGCCAUAGCAAUACUGUGCUUCAUUUUGUUCUUUUUGAUGGACUAAUAAACACAUUAAUCAAGAA